AUGAAGGUAAUGUCAGUAGCCCUAUUUUCCUUAAUAAUAUUUAAUAUUGUUUUAGCAAAAAAUACUUCUGAUUCAGGGCCCACCACGAAUUCCUCUUCAUUAUUGGAAGAAAAUACAAAAAAAACCCAUAAGACGACAGAAGAAUCAGUUAAUGUUAAAGGUAAGAGACCAUAUAAAAAAGCCUAUGAAGAAAACCAUGAAGAAAACUAUGGAGAAAACUAUGAAGAAAACUAUGAAGAAAACUAUGAAGAUAUGGUAAAGGAUAUUUUUAUGCCUCUUGAGGACAGUUAUCAAUACAGCCGAAAUAAUUCACAUAAACAAGAUGACGCGCCCCCUCCAGUAUCUAAUGGGCCUAAAAAACAAAAAUUUACAGAAAAACGACAAUUACGUACAAUAAAUGAAAAUAACGAAAUAUGUCAAAAACCCAAGGAUUUAUUGCGUACCGAUCCAGAAAAAGAUACAAAAACACCAGAAAAAACACCAAAAAAAACAACAGAAAAAACACCAGAAAAAACACCAAAAAAAACAACAGAAAAAACAACAGAAAAAACAACAGAAAAAACAACAGAAAAAACAACAGAAAAAACAAAAAGCCCUUAUCCUACUCCAGAAGAAAUAUUUGAAGAAAAAAAACAUUUAUUAUGUGAAGAUCCUGAAGAAACUAUAAAUGCGGCCAAACUUAUGGAUGAAGCUGUAGUGCAUUUAGCAUAUCAUGCUGCAAAUAAAGAUGGUUCUGAACCCAGUAAAAGCAAUACUGGAAGUAGUAAUUUAUCUCAUAAAAAAAAAGAUGAAAACACGCCAAAUAUUCUAAAAGUUAAUCGUAAAAUUUAUCAUUUGGGAAUGUAUAAUAACAUAGUAAACAUGAUAUGGAAUCCCCAUCCUGUCAAAUUUUACAUUAAUGAAUCUGUUAUAAGUGGCAAAAAAAAUAUAACUAGAAAAAUUAUCUGUGUGUACGAUCCAAAUUUAAUAAUGAUAUAA